AUGGAUCAUAUCAUCACCAAGCGCACCACGGAGAGCGAGUGCAACAAUGCCGACGGGCAGCCGCCACCGCUGCUCGACUCGCCGCUGCCCACGCCUCGCCGGUCGUGCACCUCUGUCGACGCGUUACGAACGCGCUGCCGCCGCGACGCGUCGCCGCUGCGGACGCAGGUGCCGUUCUCCUGGGAGAGCUCCCCGGGCGUGCCCAAGAACAGCGCGUGCAGCAGGGACGACAUGCACAAGAAGGCGGAGGCGAUGAUGCCGCCGCCGAGGCCGCCGCCCGGGCGCCUGCUACAGCCGUACCUCGCCAGGAACUUGUACUACGGCAACACGAGCGAGGCGAGCAGCGACGACGACGACGACAGGUCCUUCUCCGACGCGCUGGACAAGAUCUCCUCGCCCGAGCCGACCGGCUCGUUCGACCGGGUCACGUCGAAGCGCUUCGAGGACAUCUUCGUCGGCCGCACCACGAGCUUCGCCAAGGACCGGACCCGACACCCUGGCGCGGAAGCCACCGACUUGUCGGCCUCGGGCAGGCGUCCAAGACAACCGCGUCGGGGCAGCACGCGCCGCAGCCACGACGAGGACCGUGACCGUCGGUGGACGCCUAGGCUCCUCAACGACAACGUCCCCAUGCAACUGAUGCAACGGAUCAAAAUGGAUGCAGACGCCGAGGAGAUGACCCCAAGAGCCUGUGGCCUCAUGGUGUUCUUCCCCUGGAGCGCAAAGCCGGCGGUCUGCGGGUUCAGGAGCCCGGUGGCGCAGCACGCGACGACGACUCGCGCCAGAGCCGAGGUGCCUUCACCUUCGCACAGUCGCAGGGUCACCACCACCCUGCGCGAUGUCAUCAAGGAAGAUAGCCAAGCCGUUAGCAGCGACAUGCCGCCGCCGCGUGGAGAAAAGAAGAGGGGCCGCGACCGCGACGACUUGCCGAGCCGUCGAUGGGGCGUGUCGUCGUUGCUUGACACGAGCAAGAAGUACUGCACUGACGCCCGGAAGGCUCUGAGCAAGCUCUCCAUCGGACUAGGAGCGGACGGCGGCAGCCCCAGGGUUAGCGGCGACAACAGGAGCGGCAAGCUGCACGGUGGUUUCUCAUCAACGCCGGCGACGCCUGUAAAGCUGACGCAGCUGAAGGCUAACAGAAACUGA